CAUGUAUGUACUUUAUAUAUGUUCUGUGAUGUACUACCGCUUUGCUUCCACUUCCUUUUCUUUAUCUUAAUGAUUACCGCGCGACGCACGUGUUCUCGAAUAACGUCGUGAACGAUUUUGUAGCGAGCAGCCGAACGUGUUAUGGGUAAACCAGCAUUUUCGCCAGGAGGUAGAGGAGGAGGCCGUGGAGGUGGUCGCGGUGGUGGUCGUGGUGGAGGUAGACCAAGCUUUGGUGAAGAUCGAGGAGGCGGUCCACGAAGAAGCGGUGGUUUUCGUGGAGGUGGCCGAGGUGGUGGUCGAGGUGGUGGCCGAGGAGGAAGGGGAGGAGGUGGAGGUUUUAAAGGUGGAAGAACCGUGGUGAUAGAACCACAUCGCCAUGAGGGAGUAUUCAUAGCUCGAGGGAAGGAAGAUGCAUUAGUGACUUUGAGUUUAGUACCUGGGGUAGCAGUAUAUGGAGAGAAAAGAAUCACUGUUGAGUCUGAAAAGAAUGAAAAAGGUGAGACUAUAAAGGACGAAUAUAGAGUGUGGAAUCCAUUCCGAUCCAAAUUAUCCGCUGCCAUUCUCGGAGGCGUGGAUCAAAUUUACAUGCCCCCUGGAAGCAAAGUAUUAUAUCUUGGUGCAGCGUCCGGUACUACUGUGUCCCAUGUUGCUGACAUAGUUGGUGAGAAUGGAACUGUCUUUGCCGUGGAAUUCUCCCGUCGAACAGGGAGAGAUUUAAUUGAUGUUGCUAAGAAAAGAAGCAACAUCAUACCUAUAGUAGAAGAUGCAAGACAUCCUCACAAGUAUAGAAUGCUUGUGGGAAUGGUUGACACUAUAUUCUCGGACGUGGCCCAGCCAGAUCAAGCUAGAAUUGUCUCGCUAAAUGCGCAAAAUUUCCUCAAAAGCGGUGGACACUUUGUUAUGUCUAUUAAGGCAAGUUGCAUUGAUUCCCUCGCUCAGCCUGAAGCGGUAUUUGCGGCAGAAGUGAAGAAACUAAGUGAGGACUAUUUGAAACCAUUGGAGCAAAUCACACUUGAACCGUACGAGAGAGAUCACGCCGUUGUAGUCGGCGUCUACAGGCCGCCACCGAAAAAGGCUGCCUAAAUUAUGUAUAUAGAUACGUAUAUAAGAUUUUUUUUUGAAAAUAAUGAAGGUUAUUGUAAUGGUUCUUUUUAUAAUAAAAUUUAGAUAUUAAAAA